AUGUCCAUGGCACCUUCGCAUAUCGAAGAAUGCCAUUUGGACUUGUGUAAUGCCCCAGCAACGUUUCAAAGAGCCAUGCUUUCAAUCUUUUCGGAUCUAAUAGAGGAAAUGGUUGAGGUCUUCAUGGACGAUUUCUCGGUCUAUGGCUCUUCCUUUUCCUCUUGUUUGUCUAAUCUAUGUAGGGUGCUGAAAAGAUGUGAGGAAACAGCUUGGUCUUUGAAUUGGGAGAAGUGCCAUUUUAUGGUGAAAGAGGGGAUAGUCCUUGGCCACAAGAUCUCAGAGAAAGGCAUUGAAGUGGACAAGGCAAAGAUAGAAGUAAUGGUGCAACUUGGGGAGCCAAAAUCAGUUAAGGAUGUGAGAAGCUUCUUGGGACAUGCGGGUUUCUACAGGCGCUUUAUCAAAGAUUUUUCUAAGAUAGCCAGGCCACUCACAAGACUCUUAUGCAAAGAAACAGAGUUCAUCUUUGAUGAAGAGUGUAGCCAAGCUUUCUUGAAGAUCAAGGAAGCCCUUGUUAGCGCACCAAUUGUCCAAGCUCCAAAUUGGGAUCUCCCCUUUGAGAUAAUGUGUGAUGCCUCAGACUUCGCGGUUGGAGCAGUGCUUGGUCAGAAGUUCAGGAGCUACAUUGUGGGAUCAAAGGUCAUAGUUCACACCGAUCACGCAGCUCUCAAGUAUCUCUACACCAAGAAAGAUGCUAAACCGAGGCUGAUAAGAUGGGUUCUCUUGCUUCAAGAGUUCGAUAUCGAGAUCGUGACAAGAAAGGCACCGAGAAUAGCGUGCCGAUCAUCUAUCGAGAUUGAGGAUUGA